AUGGUUCCACUGAAAGAUGGUACAAAAUUGGACUGCUGUACUGCCCUCCAACAGCUCCAUGGAGGCAUGAUCACUAUGCAGGAUAUAGUCGAUGAGGAUGAUUGUUCAGUGUUGCUGCUAGCUGUCCCCUCCAAUACUCCUUCAGACAAUGAGGAUCAUCAUAAACAAUCUGUCCCCCACAGUACCACUUCAGAUGUGCAUCUGCACCGUGGCCUCCAGAGCAUGUCUAAUGAUGAGGAUGAUUGUGAGCAAUUUGUCCCCCCCAAUAUCCCUUUGGAUGUGCAUUUGUCCCAUGCCCUUCAGAACAUGUCCAGCAAUGAGGAUGAUCAUGAACAAUGUAAAUUUGUAUCCUAUGAAGUCAUAUUCCCCUUAAAGGCUGACCCCCAAAAUACCCCUUCAGCUUGUCACCUGCCCUGUACCCUUCAGAAGGUCUCCUACACAUGGAAGGUGCUGCUAGACCUGCUCUUCAUCCACAAGCAUACCAUUGUUGAUUGGCCAGCUGGAGUUCCAGCAGUUGGUCCUGAUUUCAAUGUGAAGUGCCUCAAUGCAAAUGAGCUCUGUGCCCUCACUGUUCCAUUUUUGACAGAGCAGAUGGAACAAGAUUACAAAUUGGAGGCUCCAGCAGAGGAGGAAGAAGACCACAUUGUGCCAGUACCUGCUUCAUCAUUUUAUCUCAAGCAUUGGACAGCUGAACAGCUUCAGCUGUUGCAUGAAGCUGACCUGAAAGCCUUUGACAUUCCAUUAGUAGUGAAUACACUUCAUCACUCCCUUUGCCUCAUUUCUGACUCACAAGCAUUUGUCAAAGUGCUCCCCCCAACAAUGCACCAAAAGGGCCCUGACCAGGAGGCAGCCCCUUGUCUCCCCCUGCCCCCAGCCAAAGCACAACCCCACCCACCCACAUGA